ACGAGGCCAGACUUACAGGUAGCGUUCAAUGUGUUCAGUUGGUUGUCAGCAGCAUAAGCAGAGGAUAUAUUUUUUUGUUUUAUGAACAUUGUCAACAUUGACGUGUCGAACUGAUGUCGCUCCGCAAAACUCUUACGUUACCCUGCUUUGGGCUCGCGGCUCGUGGUCGCAGUUUUAGGAGUUUGGUGACCUCCACUCAUCGUUAUCAUCAAACCAAAACAAACACACAAGAGGAGUCCGUUAACAGCAGCGAGCAUGAAUCCUUCAAUAACAGUAUCUCCAUCGACUUUGAACUGACCAGAGAAGCCUACAAGAGCAAAGACACCCUUGAGCUGCUUAGAAGCUUGGUAGUUUUCAAACUGUGCUCCUAUGACAUUCUGGUCGAAAAGAAUAAAGAGAUAAUAGACCUCAGCAGGAAGCUCUUGGGUCAGAAGAUGUUUGAGCAGUUUAUGAAGAUGACGUUCUACGGGCAGUUUGUGGCGGGUGAGGACCAUCAGUCCAUCAGGCCGGUCGUACAGAAGAACCAGGCAUAUGGAGUGGGAGCUGUGCUGGAUUACAGUGUAGAAGAGGAUCUCUCACAGGAAGAGGCUGAGAGGAAAGAGAUGGAGGCCGUGCCAUUAAUUGGAGAUGAGCAGAACACACACAUCUACAGUAACGGCAUCUUAAUAUCUUGCAUGUCUACAUCAGAGAAAGAAAGCCCUGGAGUGGACCACCGAGAAAAGAAGUUCACAGCUCAUCGAAGGUUUGGCGACCGUCGUGAAGGCGUAACGAGCGCUCGUACUUAUUUCUAUGCCGAUGAGGCCAAAUGUGACCAGCACAUGGAGACUUUCCUCAAUUGCAUCAAAGCCUCAGGUGGAAGUUCUGAAGAUGGUUUCUCGGCUAUUAAGAUGACUGCCUUGGGGCGCCCGCAAUUCCUGCUCCAGUUCUCCGAAGUGCUGGUGAAAUGGAGACGCUUUUUCAGUUUCCUCGCUAGCAAGCAGGGCAAAGACAGCAUGGAGGUGCUGGAGCAGAAACUGGAUCUAGAGAAAUUGCAGACAUGUCUAACCAGGCUGGGAGCUGAAGGCAACAUUCAGAGCUGCUUCUCUGAUGGACGACUGCAUUCAUCAGGCAUUGUAGACAUGCUGGAUUGGAACAGACUGAUGGAUGAAAGAAUGAAGAUAUCUGAUCUACUUGUUGUCCCAAACCUGCAGACCGGUCAGCUGGAGCCUCUUCUGUCCAGGUUCACCGAGGAAGAGGAAAGGCAGAUGAAACGGAUGCUUCAGCGACUGGACGUCUUGGCGAAGCAUGCGGUGGAAAAUGGUGUCAGGCUGAUGGUGGAUGCUGAACAGACGUAUUUCCAGCCUGCGAUCAGCAGACUCACUGUGGAGAUGAAGAGAAGCUUCAACAGAGACAAAGCUGUCGUUUUCAACACCUAUCAGUGCUACCUCAAAGAGGCAUUCGAUAAUGUGUCCAUGGACGUUGAGCUUUCCAGAAGGGAGGGCUGGUGUUUCGCUGCCAAGUUGGUGAGGGGGGCUUACAUGUACCAGGAGAGAAGCCGAGCGGCGGAGAUUGGAUACGAAGACCCCAUCAACCCUGACUACGAAUCCACUAACAGAAUGUACCACAGGUGUCUGGAUUACGUGCUGGAGGAGAUCCAGCGCAAUAAGAAAGUGAAUGUCAUGGUGGCGUCGCACAAUCUAGACACGGUUAAACACACUCUAAGAAGGAUGAAUGAAAUGGGUCUGCAGCCCACAGAUAAGAAGGUGUGCUUCGGCCAGCUCCUGGGAAUGUGUGACCAAAUCAGCUUUCCGUUAGCUCAGGCUGGGUUUCCGGUGUACAAGUAUGUCCCAUAUGGUCCAGUGAACGAGGUGAUCCCAUAUCUGUCCCGUCGAGCACAGGAGAACCGCGGCUUCAUGAAAGGAGUGCAGAUGGAGAGAGAACUGCUGUGGAAAGAGCUGAUGAGGAGACUGAGCAGCGGACAGAUCCUCUACACACCACCUGUAUAAAACACACACUCCUGCUGUUUAUCCCUCUUUACCCGUCCAUUCAUAAAUCUAUUUAUAUUCUCACCGAGCCUGUUCUUUAUUAUAUUGUGCACACAUUCAAAUCCAAUAAUAUAGACGGCUGAAUAUAACACUUAAAUACUAGAAAUGAAACCUAUUUUUAGAAUAAUAUCAAGCUUUAGCAUUGAAGCAUUAUCUUUAUCACCUAUUAUUCUGUGAUAUGUAUUAUAUUAGGCAAGGCAAGUUCAUUAAUAAAUAUAUUAUUAGAUUAUAUAUAUUUAUUUAUAUAGUGGAAUCUGUCGGACGUAGCACAGUGCUCAUUCAGUAAAGGCACAGCUAAACAGAUGUGUUUUCAGUCUUGAUUUGAAUGUGGCUAAUGUUGGAGCACAUCUAAUCAUUUCUGGAAGUUGAUUCCAGCAGAGAGGGGCAUGGCAGGUGAAAGCCGAUUCACCCUGCUUUGAUUGAAAGGAAUUGGAAUUUCUAGUUUUUAUGAUCCUAAAGAUUUGAGUGAUUUGUUAGGUUUGUAUUCAGUGAGCAUAUCAGUAAUGUAUUGAGCUCCUAGGCCAGUAAUAAUACUUUAAAAUCUAUUCUGAAUGUAACUGGGAGCCAGUGUAAAGACCUGAGAACAGGUGUGAUGUGCUCUGAUUUUCUGGUUCUGGACAGAAUUCUGGCCGCAGCGUUCUGGAUGAGCUGCAACUGUCUGACUGUCUUUUUGGGGUGGCCAGUGAGGAGUUUGUUACAGUAAUCCACCCUGCUGCUGAUAAAAGCAUUAACAAGUUUCUCCAAGUGCUCAAUUCUCUAAUUCUUGCAAUGUUUUUGAGAUGAUAGUAUGUUGAUUUACUGACAGUUUUGACAUGACUACUGAAAUUCAGAUCUGACACCAUUAUCACACCAAGAUUCUUGACCUUAUUUUUUGUUGUUUGACCCUUAGCGCCAAGGUACAUAUUUACCUUGGGAACCUCAUCUCUGUUCCCAAAUGCAUUGACUUCAGUUUUCUCUUUGUUUAUGGACAUAUACCGUACUAUAAUGUCUGGAUGGAAUUUUUGAUAAAAUUGACCACCUGUUAAAAAUGUUAAAAUCGUGUGUAGGCCAUAUUGCAGUGUGUUGUAAAAGUUCCUAACAAAUGUAACAUUUAUUUUUUGAGAAAAAGAAACAUUUUGUUUGACGUUUUUCCAUUGACCAGCAUUUUUAACAAGAGAAAAAAAAAGAAAACAAAAGAAAAUGCUUUACAAAUAUAACAUCCUAGAUCUGCUUUUCUUUAAAGUACAUAUAAAGUUAUAAAAUGUACAGAUAUUAAGUUACUUGCUGACAAAACGAUUAAUAAAAAUAGUAUUGGGACAAUAAACGACAAUGCUGUAAAAGAUUGAACAAACAUAUGUAUCAGCUAAUAUCAUAAUUAUUCAUUCAUACAUUUUCCUUUGGCUGGGUCUCUAUUUCAGAGGUCGCCACAGUGGAAUGAACUGCCAACUAUUCCAGCAUAUGUUUUACACAAUGGAUGCCCUUCCAGCUGCAACCCAGUACUGGGGAACACCCAUACACAUUCACACACUCAUAUACUACAGCCAAUUUAGAUUAUUCAAUUCCCCUAUAACCAACAUGAACACAGGGAGAACAUGCAAACUCCAAACAGAAAUGCCAACUGGCCCAGCCGGGACUCGAACCAGUGGCCUUCUUGCUGUGAGGCAACAGUGCUAACCACUGAGCCACCGUGCUGCCAUAUUAUUAUUAUAUUUUACUUCAUUAUUAAUGUUACCAAUAAUUAUAUUUUGGUGGGCACUGUAGAUACAUACACUGACUGAACUGCCACUCACUGGAUAUUUGCUGUUUUUCUGACCAUUCUCUGUAAACCCUAAAAAUGGUUGUAUGUGAAAAUCUCAGUAGAUCAGCAGUUUCUGAAAUACUCAGACCAGCCCGUCUGGCACCAACAACCAUAUCACCUUCAAAGUCUUUCAAACUUAAAUCACCUUUCUUCCCCAAGACAUGAUAGCCUUGACCAUGUCUACAUGCCUAAAUGCUUUGAGCUGCUGCCAUGUGAUUGGUUGAUUAGAAAUUUGUGUUAACGAGCAGGUGUACCUAAUAAAGUGGCCGAUAAGUGUA